AUGAACACGGCGUCAAUAGAUCCAUCACAAUCUGGGAAUCAGCAGCUCAUAUCUUCCCUGGAGCAGGCAGCAACCGCAGUGGACAGACUAAAGCUGCUGCCGAACGAUUCAGACCACAAAUAUGACUUCAACAACCCUCCAAGACCCGACGCGGUGACGACUGGUGAUGGUGGACAUACUGUGAAGGCCGACAGGAAGGACUUUCCAGCCUUGAUCGGAACUGGCGUUUCGAUGACUGUUGGGUUUAUUGGUCCUUGCGGAUUCAACACUCCUCACACGCAUCCAAGAUCUGCGGAGAUAAACAUCAUCGUAGAAGGGACUCUGGGCACAGAGUACAUUGCUGAAAACGGCGCCACAGUCAUUCGCAACGAACUUUCGCAGUAUCAAAUGACGGUCUUUCCUCAAGGAGCAAUCCAUGCAGAGUUCAAUCCGAACUGCGAUCCGGCUGUAUUCGUUGCUGGCUUUGCUUCAGAAGAUCCAGGAGUUCAGCAAAGCGCGCAAAGACUUUUCGACUUGGACAACGACCUGCUGCAAGCAGUGUUCAAGAAUGACUUCACGUUUGAUGGCAGAGAUAUCGAUACGUUCCGAGGCUUAAUCCCGAAGAACGUUGCGAUGAGCGUUGAGCAGUGUCUGCAAAAGUGCAAUAUCAGAAAGCGGUAG